CGCAAGGAUUUGAAGAUGUCUGCGUGCAGUGACUUUGUGGAACACGUUUGGAAGCCCGGCUCCUGCAAAAACUGCUUCAGCCCCAAGAGUUCCCAUCGACUGCAGACACCCCCAGACGUGGGAGCUUGCGGUGUGCUCCUGAAUGGAGUUAGGACCAAGGCUGAGAGCCCAGCGUUGGAAGACGAAGGCGUAAAUACCCCUGUCUCAAAGCCAACGAUUGCUGUGAAACCAACUAUGAUAAACUCAGAUGUUUCUGACACGUGGGCAGAUGUGAAUAUGAAUGCAGAUCUGUCACAGGUCAGCUGGGGGAUGGUUUCCGGCAAGCACCUUCUGCUGAAGUCAGGCGAUGCGCAGAGGCUUUGUCGGGACAAUUUUGGCAACGGCGGCGUGAGGAAGCCCUUCCUGCACGGCCCACCGAGCGAAUGCCUGUCCUGCUGCUCUCCCAGCUACUCCAUGGUGGGCCUACGCAGCCUGGAGGGUCGCGUGGAGAGGAACGUCUCCAUCCACAGCCUGGUGCUCGUGGGGGAGGUGGGCAAGCAGGAGAGCAGAGCCAAAGAUAAGCUGGCCCUGCUGCAUCAGCCCCUCUGCCCUAACCCGCCCGCCCUGGGGGACAGAGGCGUUACCAGCUCUGCCAGAAACUCUUCAUCCCAAGGGAGAGAAGGAGCAGCGCUUCCCUCAGAGAGUGGCUGUGGUCGUAACUCUUCCAGCUUUGAGGGUGAAGGGGGUGAGUACUGCUCGAUCACGGACUGCCGCAGAGAGAGCCCCGUCUCGCGCUGUGCCGAGGGGAAGGGGGCCUGGUGCGAGAAGGAGGGCCUGGCACCCCGCGGCUGGAGGCAGCGGGAUGCUCCCGAGGUGGCCAGGCCGAGCGGCAGGGCGGUGAAGUUCAGCGAGGAGGAGCGCAGAGCUGCUAGUGUGGCUUUCUGCGUCGCGAAAGAGCAGGGAGAUCCCUGUGCUCCGUCUUCGGAGAGGAAAAAGUCGUCUCUCCGUGCCGAGGCGGCCGCUGCCUGUGCUUUGUGCCAGGAUAAGGAGGACUCCCCUCGCUGUGGGGACCCGGAUGUCACCGGAGGCACAAGCAGUCCCCAGCAGGCGUUGGUGGAGCCGCAGUGCUCCCGGCUUGCCGAGCCGGCCCGCGGCGACCCGAUCUAUGCUGAGAGCACCAAGAGGAAGAAAGCCCAGCUGAAGGGCCUCAGCGGACCAGCUAAUGUGGAGAAGCCGGCCCACAGCCCUGGCACGGAGCAGGCUGACAGCAUGUGGAGGGAUGGUGGCUGGGCGUGGGGCGCUGAGAAGGAGUACCAGGACCCCGCCACCCAGGUGGCAGCCAAGAUAACCGUCAUGACCGCGCACACGGAGGACGACCACAAGACCAUCUUCCUCAGCAGCCCUGACUCCGCUGUGGGAGUUCAGUGGCCCUGCAUCAGCUCUGCUUCCCACCCUGAUUUUGGGACCUCGCCGCCCACCGUUGAGCCUGGAGAGGUGUUUCAAGCAUCUGGAAGUGAAAACGGACUGAGACUUCACUUCGCAGCUCCUACCAAGAACUCGGUUACAGAGAGCCCGGCCAUCCCUCCCAAGAUGUCCAAAAACAGCCAGCAGGGCAGUGAGGGGAGUUGCAUGCUCCCAGCCAGCUCCCCUGUGACAAGGCUCGGUGACAGCAAUAACCACGACGGAGCUGGUGCACAGCUGCUGCCGAGGAGCUGUGCAGACACAGGUGUCUUUGGGGUGUCCCCUUCUCUGUGCACUCACGUUAACGGAGCCUCCGUGGAGGAGUCUGGCAGAGGCCUGGCAGGCUUGUCCUACGACAGGAGGCAGAAGCACUACACCCCAACGUGGGCCAAGCAGUGCCGGAUAGAGGAGGAGGAAGAGGAGGAGGAGCAGGCGCUGUCAACCCACCCGUGGGCAGUGGGAGCUAAGAUUGGAAGAGCCGAUGCCGACCCUGUGGAUGACUGCCUGAUGAUGGAGAGCCAGACUGGGAUCAGCAAGUCGUUGUCCUUCCCUAAGGACAAGAGCAAUGGCACGGAGUUUGCACCACCACCGCCGCCACCAAAGAAGCAGUCCAGGCGUGCUCUGAAAAUGAACCCGAAUAACGCUGAGCUGGAGAGGGCCAGCAAUAGCUCCACCGAGAGCCUCAGCCCGCCUUUCCGGAGCAUCCACGUCAGCUUCACGGCCGGAUCCACCGACAGCCUCAGUUCAGACACGCAGACCGGCAGCGAUGGCAGGCACUCGUCUGAGCCGAACCACUCACCCCCUCCAGCUGAGAGCCAAGUGUUUCCCCCGGGCUCUUUCCUUCCUACCUCCAGUGACGAUGCUCCCUCUGCUGGCCCCAGCUGCCCACCCCCUCUGCCCCAGAAGAAGACGGUGAGCAGAACGGUGUCCUCCCCAGAUGGCUUUUUUGGGGGACAGGCAUCUUCUGGCAGAGCAGCCAGCACUGCCAGCCCCAGGUUGAACGUCAGCCACUCUGAGAGCAAUGUCUGCAUCCGGGAGGAGCCUCCCUUCAUCCACCCAGCCGGCCUGGGGGGCCCCGGCACCUUCUCCUCUUGUGAGUCCCUGGAGAAAGGCUCCAAAGGAAACAGCUACUGGGGCUCGGCUACCAGCAAGAGCACGGGGGCCUGCAUCCCCAGCAGAAACCUUCAGUCCCUCUCCUCCUCGCAGCUCAGCGUGUCCAGCCAGGUGUCGUCGAGCUCCAGCCUCCAUCUCCACAACCUCCUGAGCAACAUUGACAGCAAGGAGGGGGUGUACGCCAAGCUGGGGGCCCUCUACGCCGAGUCCCUGCGACGCCUGGUCGCCAAGUGCGAGGACUGCUUCAUGCGGGAGCAGAAGAACGAGCUGCGCUUCAGCGAGAACAACUGGUCGCUCUUCAAGCUGGCGUGCAACAAGCCCUGCUGCGACUCGGGGGAUGCCAUCUAUUACUGUGCCACCUGCUCCAAGGACCCUUCAACCACCUAUGCUGUGAAGAUCUGUAAAAGCCAAGAGUCCAAGGUGGCCGCUUCAUACUGUAGCCCCGCGGUGCCAGUCCACUUCAACAUACAGCAGGACUGUGGGCAUUUUGUGGCCUCCGUCCCCUCCAGCAUGCUGCUGGCCUCAGAUGUGGAGAAGAGCGUGCCUGGGGAUGGUCUCCGUCCCUCCCGUGCUGCCAGCGAGCACGACUGCGUGGUGGUCAUCACGCGGGAGGUGCCAAGCCAGACCACUGCUGACUUCGUGAGGGACUCAGUGAUGCUGCACCAAGCCAAGCCUGAGCUGUAUGAACGUCGUGUUUGCUUCUUGCUCCUCCAGCUCUGCAACGGGCUGGAGCAUCUCAAAGAGCAUGGCAUAAUCCAUCGUGACCUGUGCCUGGAGAACCUCCUGCUUGUCCCCUGUAAGCCCCCCAUGAGCUGUGUGAAAGCCAAAGAUGACAAGCACUUGCCCCGCCUGAUCAUCAGCAACUUUUUGAAAGCCAAACAGAAACCAGGAUCUGGAGACUCCAAGCUGAAGAAGAGUCAGGCCAGGCUGGCCCCAGAGAUUGUGUCAGCUUCUCAGUACAAGAAGUUCGAUGAGUUUCAGACUGGCAUCCUCAUCUACGAGCUACUGCAUCAGCCCAACCCCUUUGAGGAGAAGGUGCACCUCAAGGAGCAGGAGUACAGCCCCGAGGACCUCCCUGCUCUGCCCAGCCUGUCCAUUUACUCCCGGGGGCUCCAGCAGCUGGCCCACCUGCUUCUGGAGGCAGAUCCCAUCAAGCGCGUGCGGAUCACCGAGGCAAAGCGGAUGCUGCAGUGUCUGCUGUGGGGUCCCCGGAGGGAGCUCACUGAGCAGCCCCUCAGCCACGAGGAAGCCCUCUGCCAGGUGCUUCAGAACUGGGUGGACAUGAAGCGUGCCCUGCUGAUGAUGAAGUUUGCCGAGAGAGCCGUGGACACGGAGCGAAGUGUUGAACUGGAGGACUGGCUGUGCUGCCAGUACUUAGCGUCUGCCGAGCCUGCCUCCCUCUCGCACACGUUGAAACUGCUGCAGCUGCUCUGAUGCUGGACAUGUCUCAGGGGCAGCUGUGAAAGGUGUGCGGCCCUGUUAUACAGGAGAGGCUGGGAUCUCAGCUGUGAGCGUGUGUUCCUCUCCUGUUGCGUGCUCCGAUCUGUGUAAGAUGUUUAGUACCUUGAGUACAUUUAAACUGCGAGCAGGCAAAACUGGGAACCUAACCCUCUUUAGG